AGUAGUUGUUUUUAUUAAAACUUAGUCCUACACUUGCCAUUGAACUAUAUUUCCUAUUUAUUUUUAAAAUAUAAGGUUUUUAUUUAAAUUUUGAAUAAACUGUCAACCAAUAUUGAGUAUUUAGUUAUAUUAUAUACUAUUAUGCUGAUAGACCAUUUCCACUCAGAAUUGUUUUAAGUUAUGCAAAGAUUUAUUAUUGAAUUACAAUUUAAUACAUCCAUCAGAGUAGUGACCUACUCAAUGACAAGGUAGACUUAAAAAAUCUACCACAAAUUUGACAUCUGUAAGAAGUAGUAUUGCCCUUUUUAAAACGACAAUUAGUAUACUUAAAAGUGUUGUAUGCACCUAUACAGACCUUGAAUGACCUAAACUAUCAACAAAACAUGCGAUAAUUCAAGGUUGUAUGCUAUUCUAUUGAAUUACAUUCAAAAACCAUUAAAAUUAUUCCUAAAGUGCCCAUUUGUCUAAUAUUUUAGGUAUGUACAUUGUACAUUGUACCUAUAUAGUAAAUGUCAACAUUUUUCUUUUGAAUUAUAAUUACUGUUUGAAUAAUUUUUAUUCAUAUGAGCAAAGUUUAAGUAAAUAUUAUAUUUGAAAAAUAGUUAAGAAUGCUAUAAAUUAUAAUAACGUAUGGGUUAAGUAUCUAUACUUUAUUAUCUAUACGUAUACAGGCAUUGUAUACUAUGUAGUGUCCAUAUAAUAUAAAUAUAUAAUAAGGACCUCUCAAAAUAAAUAUUAUGUCAAAAUAUUAUUGGUACCUAAACUAACAAAUAUUAUUUAUUUUGUAAAAUGUGCUAUUUAAUGAAAUAUCUAGUCAGAACUUAAUUUAGUAUCUUCUUAGGUUAAACCAGGUGUCUAGGAACCUAUUGCGUAGAUGUGUUUUCAACUAUCAUAACAAUUAAGAUUUAUAAUAUUUCUGUUUAUAUAUAAAUACAUUUUUAAAUAGGUACUUAUUUCAACAUCAAAAUAUUUAAAUUUACUUCAAAAUGAUUGAUUCUCAUUACAAUGGAAUAAUUAUUCGAAGACGAAUGGGUGUAUUAAAUGGUAAAAAGUUGAAUAUUAAGCCUAUAGGAUAUAGCGAAGGAAAUUAUUUACGGAAAUUUUCUAUUGCCACGAGCUUACAUGGUGUAAUAUAUUUAGGGGAACCCAAACGACCAUAUUUAGAAAGGAUAUUUUGGAUUUGUGUCAUAUCAUUGGUGUUUCUUAUGUGUGGAUAUCAAAUACAACAGUUGUAUAACAAUUGGAUGGAAAGUGGUAUUAUAUCAAUACUGAAUGAAAGUAGUAGGCAUUUUUCGGUAUUGAAUGAUGAUGUGCCGUUCCCCGGAAUCACAGUAUGUAGUGAUUUACAACUGCAGAACCUUGAAAAUUUAACGAUUAUAAAUCAGACGCUCAAUAAAGAAUAUGAAGAUAGCGUAAAUCUAAUGUGCCACGUUUAUGAGCCUAAUUUAAACAUCGGUCAAUAUACCAUAAAUUCAAAAACAUGGGAUUUAGUACUAAACGCUCAUAGAAUUUUUUGCGAGCAACGUGUUAUUUCAAUAACUUGGAUCAGAGAAAAAAUCUAUGUACCUUGUCAAUAUUUCCAACCAGUAUACACAAUUUAUGGAGUUUGUUAUUCAUUGAAUAUGGUUCCUUUUCGUCAACUACUUAGUGAUGAUUAUGAUCAAAUGUUAUCAAAUUUGAAUCAUACUAAAGCAGAUAUUUUAAAAAAUGCAAAAGUAACUGCAUGGAAUCCAGAAAUUGGUUUUAAUAAAAACGCUAAGUCAUUUAAUUUACCAUGGAAAGUUACAGGUGAUACUGUCGAAGAUUCUAUUAUAAUAAGAUUCGAUUUAAAAAAAGAAAACACUGGAAAACACUGUCCUACAACUGAUAAAGGAAUGGCGUUAUUUUUACAUAAUCCAAUUGAUGUACCUGCUAACAUUCAACCUACAGCUUAUAUUGCUGUAAACAAUAUAGCUUAUAUUACAACAACAUUUACUUUGAUAACGGCAUCUGAAAGUAUUUCUAGUUGGAAACCAGAUAUUCGAAAAUGUUAUCAUCAGAAUGAGAGAACUUUAAAGUUUUUCAGAAUAUAUACUGUUAAUAACUGUGAUAUUGAGUGUCGAGCCAAUAAUUCGUUAAAGAUGUGUGGUUGUGUGGCUUACUACCACCCAAGAGAUACAAACACUUCGAUAUGUGGUUCUGAAAAUUAUAGAUGUAUGCGGCAGUAUUCAAAUAAUGGUUAUUCAAUCUUUGAUAAAUAUCUAUUUAAUAUAAAUACUACAAAACAUUGUAAUUGUUUAGAUGUCUGUACAGACAUCAAAUUCCAACAUAACGUUGUGUACACGCAUAGGAAUUUGACAAAGAACGUUAAAAACCCUAAAAACCGGUUGAAAUAUAUAAUUCAUUUUAAAUAUUACUUUAUUUUUAAUUUUAACGUUUCUUUUAUUUAUUUACACAGAAUUCUAAACAAAUCGAUUAUAGUUAUGUACUAUAGGAGAAAUCCAUGGAGUAUAAAAAGAACUGCUCUGAUACCAGUAAAUGAAUUAUUAGGUAAUAUUGGUGGAUCCUUAGGAUUAUUUCUUGGUGCAAGCAUAGUUAGUGUGUUUGAACUUAUAUACUUUUUUGUGGUACGAUUAUACGUUGAUCGAUGGAACGAAAAAAAAAAAAGGAUUUAAUAAACUAGAACAGGCGUGUCAAAACUCAAAGUAGCGUGUACUUAGGCAAAAACAUCUGUAUAAACAACUUUGUAUAGGCCGCAACAAACAAUUUUCAUUAUUAUUUAUUACGAACAAUUUCAUAUUUUUGCAUUUUAUUAUUACAUAUUAAUAUAAAUUUUCCAAAAAAUAGUAAAAAAAAUACGAAUUUUAUUCAUUUAAAUAAUUUAACUAUAAAUUUACAAAUUUACGUAGAAACAUACCGCCUAACAGACCACAGUUCACACAAAAUAAAAUAUAUUAUGUUCGAAAGUCCGCGGAGAUUUGACGAAAAUAUACUAUAAGGCUAUUUAAUUAUUGAAAAACGUAUGCAGUACGAGAAAGUCCGUAACGACUUCGUGGUGUAUUGUUAUUCGUUCAUAUCAUUCCAAG